AUGGUACUGUGGGGCAAACUGUUACUCAGGGGAGGGACCUGCGAGAGCAGUUAUCCCGACCCCGUGCUGGUGAUUUGCAAGAGUAGCUUAGUCGCCAGAAUUCUCAUGCUCAAAGUGAGCAAGUGCGAGUGGAGGCCCCCGUCGUUGAAGAGGUCUGAGCUGAAGAGGUGCCUCCACUUCCACCACCUGCGCCAAAAAGACCGGGAAUUCUCGAAGCACUCACGCGAAUGGAUGACUUAUACAAGAGAGAGUUGCUCAUUCGAGGUACCAAGAGAGGUCGCUCCUAACGAGCCUAGAAAUAGGCGCGAGCGAAGGUACGAAGAUGUUCAAAGACAGGUCAAGGAGCACUCAGUUCAUGAAAGUAGUGGAGAAUCGUCGGCUGGUCCUGGACGAAGGCUGGAUGAGGUCGUUGCGUUAUCUAGGCAGGUUCAGGACCUGCAAGAUCAAGUGAACGGAAGGACAAGCAAUGCUCAGUCUUUCAUAAGGGCUAGUCCUUUUUCUCAGGAGAUCAUGGCUUAUAGGACCCCAGCAAAGUUCAAGUUACCCGAGAAUUUGACAUAUGAUGAGACGGGCGGUCCCAAGGAGCAUUUGAUGCAAAUCCAUAGAGCGAAAGGUCCUUUGAUGUGUAAGUCCUUCCUAACAACUUUGAUCGGUGUAGCACAGAGUUGCGCAAAUUUCAGAUUGUCGAAUCUUUCUUCCUCGCCGGAGUCGUCCACCGUUUCUUUGUCUUCCUCGUCGCAUUCGCCGCUCCGUUGCACAGCCACCGCCAUCCCUCGAGUUGCACAGCCAACGCCGCCCGUCGCCUUUGUCUUCUUCGUCUCCCCAAACGACGCCGCAACAGAGCCUCCGACGUCGCAACACAGCCACCGUCGCACCUGCCCACAGCCGCACAGCCACCGCCACGCCGCCGUACCGCCGCACUACCUUCGUCUUCUUCUUCAUAUUGUUAAUCAGUCAGCUGGGAGGGUUUAUAUUUUGAAAUUUCAUACAGAUGAUAAGAAGUUUUUCUUCUGGAUGCAGGCAUCGGAUUGGUCUUUGGGACCAAAAGAGUGCUUACUAAUGCUGGGAUGGCGGCCGAAUGUUGUUGAAAUGAUUGAAGAAUAUGACAAUUACCUGGGUCCUAGCAGUGUAUUGGAAGUCGUGUCCUAUGUUCCCUUGGAUGACAGAAAUAAAGCUAGUGGACUUACUGGUCAUGGGAAGCUAAGGAAUGUGCGAAUUUCUCACAGGAUUGGAAAUCCGAUGGACUAUAACACUCUGAAGGACACAAUUGUAAGCAUUCAAAAAUCUUUAAAGAAUGGCUCCUUGGAGAUCCAACCAAGGGACACAAGCAAUUUGAAUACUCUCUUUUCCUUGCUGAAAACAUUUGCAAUAAACUUGGGGUGAAGGUAUCUACAAUAAGCUAUUAUCAUUUUACCUUUCAGAGUUCCACUUUUUAUUUUUUAAAAAAAUUAAAAAAAUCUAUGCUACUUUUUCAAAACCUCCUCUCAAUCUUUUGCUAGAAAGGAGGUUAGGGUAACAGAAGAUAUGGAAUUUUAUGUAAUUUUUCUUGUGUAUUUGGUGGCAAUUGAGACAUAAUCUUGUUUGUAAAGAAUAAAGAGAUGUUAGUGACCUACAUAGCUAUUGGAUUACUUCCAGUUGCUAGGUAAUUUUUCUUGGAACAAUGGUUGUGACCAUGUGAUAAUUGUGUCCAUGUGAUACUUCGCUGCAACUGUUAGAACCCUAGCAAUUUGACACUAGUUGCUCUUUGAA